AUGGCAUCUUCACCUUCACCUCCCCCGAAACCCCUAGCUCAUCUCCACGCCUCUCUUCCCCACUACCUAUCCAAAACCAACGCCCAUGUAGCCCAUAUCAGCAGACUCCUGUCCCGCACCUCUACCCUCGACAAAUCACUCUUAACCGUAUCCUAUACCCUUCACCUCCUCCACUCCAUCCUUGCCAAGACUCCCCGAUUCUCAGUAUCCCCACUCACAACAUCGCUGACGCCGCUUACGGCCAUCUUCGACGACUUUCGCGUCUUUUUGCGGCUAUGGGGCUUGUUGGGCAUAUAUAGCUGGGGAGUCUCAACCUACCUUACGCCACCAGGGGAUGGAAUCGUGAGAGCGAUUACGUGGGGCCAAGUGGUGGCAUGUGCACUCUACCAGGGCUUAGAAAACGGUGCUUAUCUAGCCGGGAAGGGCGUUCUAGGAUGGAAGAAGGAGAGGAUAGCGAGGGCUUGGAUAUGGAGCGGGAGAGCGUGGUGUGCGUAUGUGGCGCUGGAACUUGCGAGGUUAGGGUAUGAGUGGGGGGAGCUGAAGGGGCAGGAUCUCGGGAGACAGGGAAGGAAGGGUAUGGAGUUGGAGAAGACCCAGUCAGCAGAGAAUGAGAGGGAGGUGGUUGAGAAAGGAGAGCUAGAAUUGAGGAUGGACAAAGUGGAGGACGAGGAGCUGGAGGAGAGAUGGGGGAAGUGGUAUAGGGAGGUUGGUGUCAAUGUGGCCUAUGCGCCUAUGACUGUGCAUUAUAGUCUUGAGAAUGGGAUUCUAGGGGAGGGUGCUAUUGGAGGAUUAGGGGCUGUGGUUGGCGCGCUGAGUAUUGGGCAGGCUUGGAAGGAGACGGCUUAA